AUGGAACUAGACAAAUCAAUCAAUAGUGCUGUUACUAAAAAGCCUAAUGAAGAUGCUGCAGAGAGUUGCAGGAAAAGAUUAUCUUUUCUAGAUGAUAUAAAUGUAUCAGAAGAUGACCAGAAAUUAAAAGAGACAGUGAAAGUAAUUGCAGGAAAAGAAGUAACUGCAAAGGCCAUUUGCUUUCUUACCUUUGGCCUCUACUUGGUUAAAAGCUUUACCCAGCAACGCUUAGAUAUAGUAGGAGUUAAAAGGGAAAUGGAUUUUCACAAGUACCAAUUCAACAUAGUGAGAAGCAUCACUUAUUGUGAAAAAUUCAAUGUUUACUUUGUACUGAGAAGAGACUAUGCACUUAAGGUGUAUAAUAAGGAUUAUGAAGAGAUCUGCUCAGUAGAGAAUGUGGAGACACGUCUGUUGACACUUAUGGUAUUCAAUCCUGUGAGUGAUGAACUCAUUACAGGAGGAAUCAAAGGCGUAAAGUUCUGGAAGUUUAAAGAAACAGAGAAUACAGAUUACUCUGAUGCAGUUCACAUGUCCAAUUACAAGCUUUUCCCCAGUGCAGAAUUCCCACACAUGAGGCAAAUCUGGUGUACAAAUAUGGAGUUUGAUGUCAAUAUGCAAAGACUUUAUUGCUUUUCUAAUUGCGAUCUCUUCUGCUAUGAUACCAAAGGGAAUAUACUGUUUCAGCUAACCAGUGCCCACCAAAGUACCAUUCUCUCCUGCGUCUAUUCAUCAUACUCCAAUGCUUUGCUUACCUCCUCCAGGGACUCUGAAAUAAAAUCUUGGAAUGACCAGGGCUGUUUGUUGCAUGUGUUUCAUGGCCAUACCAGGUCUGUCACACACAUCCUCCUCCACCCAAACACUUUGUCUUUAUUUAUCUCUGGAUCUUUGGAUGGGACAGUGAAACUCUGGUCCCUGGAUACAAUGGAGCUGUUUUACAGUUUAUCAUUGUUCACUGAAGGAAUUGUUUGGAUGGGCCUGACUGAGGAUAAGUUGCUGUACUGCUCUUCUGCCCGCAAUCUUCAUGUGUAUGACUUGAACAAUUUUACCAAAUUCUGGACUCGUGUCAGCAGUCAGAUUAAGGCUCUGUCCCUCUGUGGUGCCAAUGGGAAAUCCAGCAGGGUGGUAGCUAUGGGCUCUGAUAACAGUUUACGAAUUUUCUCUCUGCAUAAUGGGACAAAGUUAUGUACCGUGCUGCCGCCUCCCUAUCCCUCUCCACUCCAGUCAGUUCUCAGCUUUGCCUAUAAUCGAACCAGUGGAACAAUUUACUUCCUCCUGACUUCUUGGGAUAUAUGGGUCUACACAGCAAGAACUGAUCCUGCAUGUAGGGCAGCAGUGUGGACUAUUGAAGAAAUACACCAGCACUUAAACAGAAAACACCCCUUAGCCUCUUGUGUAGAGAAGAAUGAAUAUUUUCAGCAUACUCGAAAGGAGAGUGUAAGAGAUCCAGUGAGAUGCAAAUGUCUCUGCAGCCUGUCCUCCCCAAUAUGCUACUGGAUAGAUGAAGGGCUGGUGUAUGCAGAUACCCAGGAAUUUCUGGUUCUUGGUAUGCAGCCUCCAAUGAUGAUUGUAACUUGGCAGCUUUCAAGGUUCCCAGUGAAUGUGCUUUAA